AUGGCGGCGAGAGACCGUUUCGGUGUCUACGCUGAGCCGGGGUUAUCACCACUGCAGCGGGCAAUCCGUAAUGCCUGCGACCCGCAAAACUAUGAACCCAACCUCGCCCUGAACCUGGAAGUCGCGGAUCUGAUCAACUCCAAGAAAGGCAAUGCCCCUCGCGAGUCCGCCGUCGAUAUCGUUCACCUUAUCAAUAACCGGAACCAGAAUGUCGCGCUGUUGGCGUUGGCGCUUCUAGACAUAUGUGUGAAGAACUGCGGAUACCCUUUCCACCUCCAGAUCAGUACAAAAGAAUUCCUCAAUGAAUUGGUUCGGAGAUUCCCUGAGCGACCGCCUAUGCGACCCUCCCGGGUCCAGCAUCGCAUCUUGGAGUCGAUUGAGGAAUGGCGCCAGACUAUAUGCCAAACAUCGCGCUAUAAGGAAGACCUAGGAUUUAUCAGGGAUAUGCACCGGCUACUUCUCUACAAGGGUUACGCCUUUCCAGAGGUUCGCCGUGAAGAUGCGGCGGUCCUGAACCCUAGUGACAAUCUCCGAUCCGCCGACGAGAUGGAAGAAGAAGAGAAGGAAGCACAGUCCGCUAAGCUUCAGGAGCUUAUUCGAAGGGGAACCCCGGCGGACCUGCAAGAAGCCAAUCGAUUGAUGAAGGUCAUGGCGGGUUUCGACAACCGACAUAAAACGGACUACCGCGCCAAGGCAGCCGAGGAAGUGUCAAAGGUGCAACAGAAGGCUAAAAUCCUCGAAGAAAUGCUGCAAAGCCAACAGUCUGGCGAUGGGGCACCUGAAGGCGACGUAUUUGAGGAACUUGCCAACGCGCUUCAAAGUGCCCAUCCCAAGAUCCAGAAAAUGUGCGAAGAGGAAUCAGAUGACCCGGAAGCCGUUCACAAAUUGCUGGAGAUUAAUGAUAGUAUACACCGUACUAUUGAGCGUUAUAAGUUGGUCAAGAAGGGCGACCUGGAUGCGGCGUCAAAGAUUCCCAAGGGCACUCUUGGUACCACUACCGGUGUUUCGAAGAACGCCAACAAUGAGCUCUCGCUGAUCGAUUUCGAUCCUGAGCCCGUACCUGAGCCUGCUAAUGGUGAUUCUGCUGGACCGUCCCAGAGCGGUGGUAGCGCACUGGAGAACGAUUUGCUUGGAUUGUCUCUGGGAGAACAGGGCCCUGCUUCUGGUGGAGGUAUUUCCUUGGGAGGCCCUGUGGGCUUUCCUCCAAUGCCAACUGGCCCCUCUCCCCUGGCCGCAUCGCCAACACCUCCUCCGCAGGCCCCUGCCGGAUUCAAGCCCAACUAUGAUAUUCUCGCAUCCUUGAACUCGUCACGGCCUACUUCCCAGUCUUCUACGCCGGCACCUGGGCCAUCACCGCAGGUUCGACAGACAGCCACGCCACCCCAAGCCGCCGAUCCAUUUGCAUCUUUGAUGUCUGCUAGUCCUCGGCCGACCAGCAGUGCAUUCCGACCGCCUGUUCAAAGCCAGUCCCCUGUAUCAUCGUCCCUGCUAGACUUGCGCCCGCCGCUGAAGAUGAUGAAUGGGCCUUUGCAUCCUCGCUGCCCCCCCAGCAAUGCCUUACCCAUCAAGAACCAAGUACAAGUGCUGAACACUCAACUUCGUGUUGACUUCCUCGUCCAGCGAGUACCAGCAUACCCUCGCCAGAUCUUCGUCAAGGCCCUUUUCUCUAACCCUAACAGUCAAGCGAUUGGGGAUCUUCAUUUCCAGGUUGCUGUAGAAAAGUCCUAUACACUUCAACUCAAGCCCCAGACUGGUCGCGACAUUGCGCCCCAACAACAGCAGGGUGUGUCACAGGAGAUGGUUUUGGACGGAGUUGAUUCGGGCAAGGGUAACUUGGUGAAAAUUCGGUUCAAGGUUGCCUACAAAGUUGGUGGUGAGGCUCGGGAGGAGCAAGGGAUGGUACCGGCCCUUGGCGUGAACUAG